AUGAGCCUUGAUCCAAGUGCCUUUCCGAGGUCGAAUUCCCCCGCAAGCUCCGAGAGCUCCUUGACGCGCACGCGCUUACAGGGAAAGGAAGGAUCCCUCAAGAAGGACAAAAACUAUCGCCGCUAUGCAUCAAGUGUCGAACGAGCGCUAUCAUUAUUCGACAACGCCCUCCAAGAAUGGGCCGACUACAUCUCUUUCCUGAGUCGCCUGUUGAAGGCACUCCAAACACACCCGCCAGAUCAACCUGUUGUACCCCAUAAGGUGCUAGUUUCGAAGCGACUUGCGCAAUGCUUGAAUCCGGCAUUACCGUCCGGAGUCCACCAAAAGGCUCUCGAAGUAUAUACCUACAUAUUUGGGCUGAUUAAGCUUGAGGGACUGUCGCACGACCUGCCUUUGUACUUGCCUGGUCUUGCGCCAACCCUGACUUUUGCCUCGCUCACCGUUCGUCCGCUUUUUCUGUCAUUAGUGGAGGGCUACAUUGUCGAUUUGGAACCAUGGGCCAUUCGACCAGCCCUGAAAGCAAUUCUCUUGGCCUUGCUCCCUGGCCUGGAAGAGGAGACAAGUGACGAUUUCGAGCCGACGCUGCGAAUCAUCAACAAGCUUCGUGAAGUCGGUGGGCGGCUUGAGACUCAAAAAACAUCCGAAACCGGGGCUUCUGGGCAGUACUUUUGGCAAUGUCUGUUCCUCGCAUCGAUUACGAAUCCGAGCCGACGACUUGGUGUCCUGGCCUAUUUAAACCGCUACCUACCUAAAUUGGGCACUGCGAGCCGUCGUCAGAGCACGGCCGAUGCUAGCGGUGCUAGCGAUAUACCUCCCGAGAUGCUAGCAGCAGCUGACUCCGUCAUACUCCCGGAGCCAGGCUUGUUGAUCCGUUGUUUUGCAUCAGGUUUGUCCGAUGAACAACUCCUGGUCCAGCGAAAUUUUCUCGAUCUUCUUGUAACUCAUUUACCAUUGAAUUCCCCGAUCUUACAGUCUCGAAUCACGGCCCGUGACCUCGAAACUUUGAUCGUCGCUGCAGUGGGUGUGGUUACUCGAAGGGAUAUGGGGCUAAACCGCCGACUCUGGGCAUGGUUCCUUGGCCCUGAGCCUACAAGUGACCGUGAGCGUUCAUCUGUCGAUGGCCAGAAGGGCUCGGAGAUAAGCCACGUUUCCGACGCUAAGGAGCUUUCACAGUCUCAAUAUUUCAGUCACGUGGGGCUGCAGCCAUUGGUAAAUGGUCUUCUCAAGAUGAUAAAAAAUGGGUCUCAGGUUCCUUCUGAGAGGACGAAGCCCUUCCGUAUCGCUCUGUCCUUGAUGGACCGCUGGGAAAUCGGGGGUUAUAUCGUGCCUGCAGUAUUUCUUCCCACGAUUCGCAGUGUUCAGACAUUCGAAAACGAAGCCCCCAGGAACCAAUUCGAGGAAGUGUUCCGCAGCGCUAGUGCCUUUUUUGAUGGCGUGGAAAGUAGUGUCAUCUUCUCGGAGCUCUUGGGCUUGGUUGAUUUCCGCUCGAACGAUGUGGAGCGUGACCCCGACCAAGUCUUGCGAAACCUUGAUCUAGCUCGGUUUAUCAUUGAUAAUUUCAAUGUGCGAGAAGAAGACAUGCUUCAGAUACACGUUCCUUUGUUAACGCUGUCAGUGCUCGUUAGAAUGCGGGAAAUCUCUUUGCAUAUGCCCUCGCCGGGAGCCAGCAUUGAUAAGCAAGCCGUGUCGCUUGCGCUGAAUGGUGUGCUGAAGUCAUUGAUUCCACUACUCACCGAGAGAGUAUUCUCCAGAAAGACAGGCCAUGAGAAAUCCGCUGCUGAUACCAAGACUCGAAAUCAUGACAUUUUGAAAAAAAUCCAUAGCUUCUAUGAGAGCAGCAAACACAGUCUCGAUCUACCUCCUCUCCCAUUUGCCCCGAAGCAGAUCAGUGAGAUGAUCAUACGCGAAGCUCAUGAUUUAUCUGUUGAAGCCCUCGAAAGCGACGAUAACACAUCAUGCCUCCACGACAAAGUCGACAUCCUUGUAAAAUUGCUUAUGAAGCUGCCAAAGUCGCGUGUGCUCCGCGAUAGGCGGCUCUACGGGGCACUGUCUCGAAAAUUAAGCGACAAGAACAAUACUCCGACCACUGCCGCUUUCGCAGUCAUCUCUACCGUUGCUUCUGCACUGACGAACUUGUUCUUCAUUCAUAGCCUUGGCUUCUACGUCAGCUAUGAGGAUGCCUGUGGUCUAAUCCCCAGCUUAGUCGAACAAAUCUGGCAAUACUUAUCGCCGUUGAGUCCGAAAUUCCAUGUUGAGGCCGUACGGUGCUUAUGGUCACUCCACUCGAUUUCUUGGGUUGAUCAUCUUGUCGAGGCAUCGAUUACCUCUUUAUUGAUCAAUUCAUCAACUACUGCCACAUACCAUCUCUCAUCAGAGGACCAAGCCGAGAGAUUCUAUGUACUAUGGAAUCAUAGCCAUCAUGGCACUCACGAACAGCCUCCAAAGCAAGUUCUUGAUGUUGGGGGAACAUCAUUCUCUUACCAGUGUUCGAUGCUCGAACGUCCGCUGUUCAUUGUCCUCGACCUUCUAUCCCAAGAACCUGGAGAUGUGUCUCGGAAUGUUCAACAGUGGCUCCAAGACCUUAAUUCCAUUCAUAGAAUUUUCCAUGUCGUCAGUUUGAAACUCGAGGAGUUGUUUGACCAUGAUACGUCCGGUGCAGGCACCGAGCAAGACCAGUCAAUCUCCCUGGAUGAUUACAAAGAGUGCACCUAUCUGCUGAGAACAGCUUCAAACAUCAUCUCGUCACUUUCCCACAGCGGAUGGAUUACACUUCUUACCCAUACAUUGGGCCAGACUGAGAAGCGUCCAGAUGCGCCCAAGUCUGAAGACAAUGCAAAUGUGAAGAGUUUUCAUGCGACAAUAUUUGAGGCCUGUCACAGAAUAAUCAGCGACCGAGUGUUAUCAUCAGUAGAGUGCAACCUAGAGGGAGAGCGAUUGCAAAGAGAAGCUCUUCAUCUCAUGCGACAACUCCUUCUGGGGCCUGGUGCAGAGGACCUGGUGGAAUCCGGCAUUGACGACUUCUUGGUGGAUCGACUUCUGAUAGCAUCGGAUGAAGGCAGCAGUAUUGCAGUGCAAAGCGCACUCAUCGAUGCACUCCUUGCAGCUCUGAAGGUUCGGUUUGCCCAGGUAUAUGCACCCGUACCACCCCCUAGGCCGAAGCAUCAACGAGCCGGCUCUCGUGAGCGUUUGACCAGCCCUUCAAUCUUAUCUUUCACAAGUGAGAAGGCAGACAGACGCCAGUCCUUGCCUCAAAUCCCUCGCCCCCCCGAGCGACUUCUGGACUGUCUGCUCAAAGGCAUUAGCUCAACAAAAUCCCACGAAAUCGUGGACAAGUGGAUUGGACUCCUUUGCGAGGUGCUUCCACUUUACUCGGCAUCGCUUUUCCAAAUUCUUCUCAUGUUGGUGGAAUGUUUCUGUAGAGAGAUCAAAGCAUCUUUUGGAAGACUUCAGCUCGCAUUCCAACAAACGGAAGACUGGCCGCAAGACCGAUCCGAACAAGUUACUAUUGCUUUACUCACUGGUCUUGAAACAUGCAUCGCCAACGCCCAUGAACGCCUCCUUGUAGAGGAAUCCAACGUUCCAGCUGCUAAGAGUCCAGAUCAACCUCAAGGCUUUUUCGGGAACAUGGUGUCUGGCGUGUUCAACUCGGAAACCAACCAAGGGCGUUCCAAUACCGCCAAUGAUCGGCUGACUGUUCUUCUCUGCUUCCAAGAUGCCGUUCGCCUUUGUUUCUCGAUUUGGGCAUGGGGUGCGGGAGAUCGAAGUGACUCUCCAGAUGUCGAGUCAAUCGCAUCUUUCCAGUACACGUCCUUGCGAAUGAGAAACCGAUCAAGGCGGAUUUUAGAGCACCUUUUCACUGCCGAAGCGCUUGAAUGUCUUGAGACGCUGGUUGAAUUGUGGACCAAAUCUGACACGGAUACUGCAGCGCUUAUCUUCAACCUUCUGCAUACUCUUGACGGCUCAAGUCCGAAGAUCACUAUUCCUGCCGUAUUCAAUGCGAUUUACACACGAACAAACCCUAACGCAUUGGACAACCACCGCAAGUCAUCUUUAACCACCAGUCUGUCUGAGUCGGAAUUAGCGAGUUUCCUGGUUGCCUAUGCUCGCUCUUUGGAUGACGAUGUUCUUGACGAAAUCUGGGCCGAUUGUACAAUAUUCCUACGUGAUGUACUCAGCAAUCCUUUUCCUCAUCGCCAAAUUCUGCCGCGACUUAUUGAAUUCGCCGCUAUCCUGGGUGCGAAGUUGGAGAACACGACAUUCGGUGAAGACCGUCGCAUGCGCAAGGAGCUUGGGGAUGUCGUUCUUCGUCUUCUUACUGCUGUCUUCGCUAGCAAACCAUUAGGUCUCAACCAGGAUGCUGGUCUCCUAGCGAGAUCUUCUCUCGACUAUGAUCGUACAGCGGUGUCCCACACUGGACCUGAUGAUAUGUUGAGCAUUCUUGCUGCCUCCAUGCCGUCCUUCAUCACAACUCUGGGUGACUCUGAUCGUAUCAACACAGCCAUCAAUAGUGUGUCAACCAAUGUUGUCGGUCCUCUGAUUCGCUCUCGACUAUUCCCCAACAACCUCAAUCGCAAUGUCAUGGUCCUAUUGCAGCAAAUGGCCAAAGUUCCUGCAGCGGCAAAAGUAUGGAAGAAGGACAUUGCUGAUGCGUUCAAUGAUCCACGCUUCUUUGGGUUGCAGGUGGAUCUAAUCAAAGACAAUUGGAUGGAUCUGCUACGACAGUGGGCCAUCGCAGAUAAGGACCGCUUGGGAGAGCUCCUGGGUCGUCUUCCGCCGCCCAGCGCAGCCGGGAUCAUGUUCGGCGUGGGGGCUUCUGCAGCACGAUUAGAAGCAGAUCGUCGGGCGCAACUCAAUCUGCGUCGCAUUGCGGUUCUCCUUCUAUCUGCCAAUACCGAUUACUUCGUGGGCGAAUUGCCAGGCUUGCUUCAGAAGCUGGAAGAUCUUCUCGCGGCUACCAGCUCCUCUUCCCCAUCCUCUGCAACACGGGCAGAGAUUUUCAUGGUUCUCCGUGCCCUCGUUCUCAAAACGUCUGCUUCUACUAUGGCGCCCUUCUGGCCUCUGAUCAAUGCAGAGCUACAAGAAGCUCUUUCUGCUGUUCCACGAGGCCUGCAAUCAGAGGUUUACAGCCCUUACUCCCUACUCCAGGCAUGCAAGCUCCUUGACACGCUUCUCGUCAUCGCCCCAGACGACUUUCAGCUCUUGGAAUGGCUAUUUGUAACCGACACCAUCGAUGCAGUCUACCCGCCUAAUCGUUGGGAGCCGAUUGCUCUCGCUGACGAGGUAUCCCAAAGCUUUGGAGCACGAAAUUCGCUCACACCAACGGUUUCUCACGAGCCCACGGAGUCCGUGGCACGCGGUGGUCUUAAGCGGCCAUGGCUUAUCUCAGACUACAUUCGAGAGACGGCCAAGGACGAGAUUGUCGAGCGGGUUCUGCGACCAUUCUUUGACCGACUAAGUAUCUACGUAUUCGAGAGUACGUACAGCAUGGAAGGUGCCGAUCUAAGUGUAUGCCGGGAUGAUCUGUUGGAGGAUCUGUUCAAUGAGAGCACGAUGGCAAACUGA